ACGGCAUCCACAAGCAAAUUCCUGCGGCAUUACCGUGCCGUUCGUCCCAGGCUGUGGCGUUCCGUUCCGUGCUGUAGAACUCUAAGUUCAACCCAGUGCAAUGCAGUUCCAAUCAGCGAUAGCGUUGUUUGUACUGUUUCAAAUCGUUCACCCCGCACCGAACGAUGGAAAGUAUAAUCCUCGAAAGUAUAACAAAAAUGGGAAAUAUGUUCACCAAGGCGAAGGAGACUACGUAGAGGACCUGAGCCGGUAUAAGUAUGUCCACUACGACGACGGAGAUCGUGGCAGAUAUUUCCACGUGCACAUACCCUACGAUGGUGGCUACGGAAACUACGAGGGAGGCCACGAACCAUACCGUUUUCCACCGUACGACCCCGCCGGCGAAUACGCAGAAUUAAUCAGCAAAUACUCGUCCGACCCACUCAAGGCCAAUUCAUACGAUAUUCAAAAACCGUCCAUUUACCUAGAGUACGGUGUCCCAUCGGUGUCCGAAACAAACACCGCGUCCAGCGUACUCGAUGUUCGAAAGUCGCUACUUCCGGGACCGGGAACGGGCUACCUUCCCGUGCCAGAUCCAAGCUUGGAUGUUCGGAAAUCGUUACUCCCAGGACUCGGAACAGCGUACCUGCCGGUGCUGGGCCCCGACGAAAACAGCCUCGCAAUCGGUUCAUCACAAAAGAAUUCAAAAUUCGUAGCAUUUAACGGCGAGGACGGUGAUCGCAAUACUUUGACUACACAUUCCGAUACCACCACCACCACCACGAUCAACAGUGAGCAAACAACUCCCACUACCGACGUGCCGCGGGAUGAAUCUCUGCACAACCAGCCGUGCUUUGCCACCAGCGGAACACUACAACUUUCGAAGACUUGAUCGAGCGUGUGGCACGCUGCAUAGCCAAAGGCGCAGCGUUUUUCGUCGAUCAUAGUUCAGGCGAUAAGCUAGUUGUUCGAAUUUUGAAAGUUGUUCC